UCUUGGCAAAAGUGACCGGUACACUUGGGUGACCGGCAUGCUUGUGGAGUACGUUAUCCAAAACUUCGUUUUCUCUUACCUAUCAGUCAAUGUCGCUCUCACCUCUGAUCCUCCACUUAUCCUUCACUUGCCACUGGCUUUACUCAAGCAACUCGCCGUUCUCUUCUGAACACCCCAGCCAGCUUCAAACUAUGAAACGGUUGAGAGGAGAAGCAGAUCACGUGUUGUUGGCGGUGGUCUGGUGCUGCUUCCUCAUCUUGUUGAGCACCUCUUACCUCAGCUGCAUCACAAACACGUCAUCAAAACAGACCCCGCAGCGAGCCUUGGAGAGCAAAGAUACAAGCAGAACAAGAACACAGAACAACACAAUACACUCGUUCACAUCUGCCCUUGAUACCGCAACAAACUAUCUGUGCCUCAGCACGAACACUAAAACACAACUUGUCCAGAUAUCUCUCUUCAAGCCUGCGUCCAUCUCAACCCAACUGGGAUAUACUACCCUGAGACUCCUAGAGCCUCUAGGCGCCUGGUUGCCUCGCGCUGCCUAGUGCAAGAGUGCUGCCCUCCUAUUUAAAUUUUUAAAUUUUUAACACACAGACUACCUACCCUUAUUAGAAAUCUUAUCUAACGUACUCCACAAGCGAGCUGGCCACCCAAGCGAGCUGGCCACUUUUGCCAAGACCACACCGAACUUCACUCUCCCUGUAAUGCCUCAACGCAACAACAUAAAAAAGCCUUUAACGUAACGUACUCUAUCACCGAGCCGGUCAUAUCACUGAACCGGUCACUUAAAAUCCCACCAAAAAACACAGAAACCAUACCCCUGCAUCUCAAUAACUACUAAAUGGAAUCUUCUAAAAACUUCAGAAUAGAGCUGCAUCUA